AUGCAAUUAAGCGGUGAAUUUGAUUUGCAUUUUCUUCUUGACCUCGUUUUAGGCGGCAUAAGGGAUCAUUUGUCAGAUGAAGAGGUGAUGGCAGAUUAUUUGCUUUGGAGACUAAAUCAUUUCGGUAACUUUAGCUACGUCGAAAAAUUUAAACUUUCCGGUCCAACAGAUGACAUUCACUCACUCCUUCCGGCAAUCGCAAAACAUAUAGGUGCCUUGCACAAAUAUGGCGAAUACAACUUGCAACAAUCUUCCAUGUUCUUCAUCAAACAAUAUAGAAAUGGAAAAUAUGGAAGAUACACUUUAGAUGAUGUCUCGCCAGAAGGAUUGGUGUCAUAUUUCGAGAGAGAGGACGAUCCAGAAAAGGAAGCGCCAAUGAGCAAGAAUCAGGAGAAAAAGAUGAAAUGGGCAGCUGUCACGGAGAAAAGAUUGGAAAGGUGGAAGAGAAAGGGAUUUCUGACGGGGAAGGGUUCACGGAAUUAG